AUGUUGAUCAGAGAUUGCAACAUACCUGGCCCCGAGGAAGGACCUGAGUCAGGAUCUCAUUGGACUCUUGUAUUUGAUGGAGCUUCUAAUGCUCACGAUAGUGGCAUUGGGGUAGUCAUCACCUCCCCAGCUGAAUUUCAUUUACCCUUCACCGCAAGGUUGUGCUUAGAAUGUACCAAUAACAUGGCAGAGUACGAGGCCUGUAUCUUCGGCAUUGGAGUUGCAACUGAUCUUAGGAUCAAAAUUCAUGAAGUUUAUGGAGAUUCAGCCUUGGUCCUCGGCCAAGUCAAAGGCGAUUGGGAAACUCGAGACCACAAGCUCAUUCCUUACAAAGAACAUGUUUUGAAUAUGAUCCCAUACUUUGACGAAAUUACAUUCAAUCCCAUUACUCGAGAAGAGAAUCAGCUAGCCGACACAUUGGCAACUUUGUCAUCCAUGUUUAAGGUCAGAUGGAAAAAUGAAGCUAGUUUCCACAUCAACUACUUGGAUGAUCCUUCCCACUAUUUGGCAGUAGAAGACAAAGUCGACAGUUAUCCUUGGUUUUAA